GCCAAGCAAGUUUUGGCGGCCAUUUUGAAUCGCGGGAAAGAGUCGAACUAGGAACAUGGUUAACUGGACCACGUAUUAAAGGAAAUAUUGUUUUCCCUUCAUUAUGAUAGCAAGCUUCUUAGAUUUUGUCAUCGAUACCUGAAACCAAAAUGUCGAUAGGUGGACGCAGCUAGCUGUAUUUGGAAUGAAAAUGAAUAAACACGAAGGAACAGGGUGAAUAGAUGAGGUUUUGCUUCUUCUAAAGAGCUUUGGAACAAUUGUUCAGCCGUGGAUUUCUAGUUGAUCCCUUUGAUGUCGGAAAAAUGAAUUUGGAUGAUUGGUCUGUCAGGGAAAAGUUAGUUUUGGCUUGCUGUGUUGUACGAAGUGGGGAUCAAAAUUGGGCUUCAGUUAGUAGAACAAUCAAACCAAUUUGUGAAGCAGUACAUUCAAGACCAACAGAAUGGUUUUCACAAAAGAAUUGCGCAAAUCAAUAUGGGAGCUUACUGGAAGGUACCUCAACCAAAAAGAGAAAACGAACAUCAAGUGAAAGUGGGUUAAACGAAACUCCGAUGGAACAAAUUAUCAGAAAACUAUCUUUUGAAAGAAUUGACGAGUUGAAGAAAACAAUACAAACUGAUCGGUUGAAAUACAAAAAACUGAAAAGUGAUAUUGAAAAAAUUCGAUGUGGAAAAGUUGACGACCAGUUGCAGAAAAUUUGGAAUGAAUUUCACAGUGGCAAGAACCUACCAAUCGAGUCCUUUAUUCCUGACGACAAUCCAAUAUUUCACCUGACUAUGGAGGGACACUACCCUGAUGGGGGAGAUGCUACCAUGGGCUCAAGCAGCACCUCAGCCCUACAUCAACAACAACAAUCCAGUGCUUUGUAUCAAAGAAGCAAAUCUCAGCGACAACCUAAAGCUACGAAAAAAUUCGAGUCUUGGAUGACACAGCUCAAGCAACAGCAGGCCAGACAUCAGCAGAGUCAUUCAGGAUCGCUCCAUUCCAGCCCACAUGGCCAGGGAUCCGCACCUGUAUCUCAAGGAGCUAGCGAGCCCUCUUCAUCCACAGAUGCAAGCCAGUGCCACGGCGUACGACCACAGUCCUUUUUCCCACAACAACAGUUUCCAAAUCAGCUGCCAUACCAACAACAGCAGCAACAGAAUUUUCACCAAGAACAGCAGAUACUUCUCCAGCAGCAUCAACAGCAACAAAUGCAACAGAGUAAGCAAUUCUUACAGCAGCAACAACCGCAACAUCAGCAGUCACACCAGCGACAGGGGUUCCCACAGAUAUCCCCAAGGCUCUCCAGUUCCUCAGAUCACCAAACAUCCACAACUGUCAAUGAACCUGGUUCGGUUUUGUCCCAUUUCUUCAGAUUUGAUCAAGCUAUUUGUCUUUACAAACAGGGGUUCCCACAGAUAUCCCCAAGGCUCUCCAGUUCCUCAGAUCACCAAACAUCCACAACUGUCAAUGAACCUGGUUCGGUUUUGUCAACAUUACUCAGCGUUCCACCGUCUGAAAUCAAAGCUGCUGCCGCUAUGCAACAGCAAAAGAUCAUUGGGGAUCAUCUUGUUGUGAAAGAAACGGCCGGGAGCUCGGGUGGACCAAAGGAUGGGCAUUCAUCUGCCUCCCAGCAAACACCAAUCGUGACGUCAGCCUCUGUUACAGCACCAACGUUGUCAAAACUUCUUGAAACAUCAUUUGAACAGUCGGCCAUUCCAAAAAGCCAAUCCCACAGACGGAUGUCAGCCUCUUUAAUGGACGAUAGACAAGAUUCCGACAACAGAGUAAUUAAACAAGAGACAAAAGAAGGAAAUCAAUCAUCGCAGCUUUAUACUGGUACAUUCCAAUCACAGAAAGUGUCACCGUCAUCUCAAACAAAGAUCCCUGACUCAUCUCCAACUGGAAAAAUAUCAAAAAAGAGCACCCCAGACUCGUCACGCACUACACCAAUCGAACCACUAAGAAUCAAAGUGGAGGAUGAGGACUAUUUCCCAGAUAAUGAAGGGAUGGCUACCCCAGAUUCAUCUCAACCUUCGCCACGAGCAAGAAUAAAGAAAACCAAAGGAAAGAGAGGUGCAAGAAGGAAACAUCCUCAGCAAAUUUUGUUGAAAAAUUUGGAAUCCUUGCAAGAUUCAGAAGACACAGGCUCCGUUGAUGAAUUAGCUAGUGAACGUGAUGAGACUGAAAGCGAGGUUGCUAGUGUCUCUGACGUAAAAGACAUGUCUGACACGGAGCAGGAGGAUGGUGACGAGGGAGGAUAUGCAAAAAUGAGCGAUGAGGCCCGAGAGCAAAGCAUGCUUAGAAGAUCAAGAGGAAGAAAUUCAUCUUCUAAUUUGUCGGGUGGCAUGGUUUUAUCACCGAACAGCCCCACUUUGAGUGUUGGAAGCAACGACGAGAAUUUUCAAGCACAAAAAAACUGGAGAAAGAGUGUCAUGCUUGUUUGGAAGUCUUUUGCUAGUCACAAAUAUGCCAAUGUUUUCAUGCACCCUGUAACUAACGACGAAGCUCCUGGCUAUCACAGUAUCAUUAAGAGGCCAAUGGACCUUUCAACAAUAAAAAAGAAUAUUGAAAAUGGGGUAAUUCGAUGCACAAGCGAUUUCCACCGUGACGUCAUGUUGAUGUUUCAGAAUGCCCUUAUGUAUAACAGAGAAGACCAUGAUGUUCACCGAAUGGCUGAGGAAAUGCGCGAGGAAGCUAUGGAGCUGAUUCAGUCGUUUGUUGCAACCCAGCUUCAUCUGUUGGUUCAGUCAGCAGACAGAGACAUGAUGCAUCUGAGAGGACACAGAUCUGAUGAUGAGAAGGGCGAAUCACGUCGAUCUAAGUCCCAUGGAAGAGGCUCACACAAAGUAUAAUGCUUCGCUGAGAUGGACAAAGCUAUAGAUACCCUUCAGCGAGCCAUGCCACCGUGUCGUGCCCUCAAAUGAUGUAUUUAUUUGCGAGAUUUUGUAUUACUUUGUGUCGUAGUUGGCUCUCUUACAAAUCAUCAGCAUCUAUCAUCAUAAUCAUCUUCAUUAUCACUUCAGGCAUAAUAAUAAUCAUCACCAUGACCAUCUGGCUACACGUGGCGAUCUUCGAUUUGAAAUCACAUAAUCAAUUGUAGCAGCAUGUACAAACAAUUUGUAGUGAAUAAUUAAAGAAACCUCAGGCAAAUCUGAGUAUUAAUUAUGGUCUUAAAAAAUGUUUUGAUUCAUUGAUAGAAGGCAAUCACUGUAUGGCUUAGAAAUCAUGUUUGGUUUUCUCAAGAUUUUUGCUUUUGGUUGUACGAUGCUAGUAUUUCGCCAGUGUGAAUGUUUGGUGUAUAUGGUAAAGAGAGCUGUAAAUAUUUGAUUGAAAGUCAUUGACAACAAUACACGCAACUGCAUUCAAUUGCUUGCUUAAAGUUGCAGUUAAGAAGUUAUGUCCUUCACAAACUAAACCUCUUGUUUGUUAGAUCUUGUGUUUAGAUAAUUGUUACAAAUCACACUUUUUAUGCAAACACUUUAUAUUUUGCUGAGCCUCAAUAUCCUUAGAAAUAUAUGAUUCUGAGCCUGAGAUUAUUGUAAAACAAUACCUAAGAAAAAUGUUCAAAUAUUGACCACAGUUUUUCUUAAUCACAAAACAUUGUAGAGAGUGAAUCAAACUACCGCAAUUCAAGCUUGAUGAGUGCUACGUAACAUUUUUGAAGCCAAGCUUCUCUAAUUUUCUCAAAAACACAUGUAGAUUAAAAGUCAAAUUAUCGAUUAAAUUCGAGCCUGGUUAAGAUUCCUUUGGCCUAUUAUUUCUUAAAUUUUAACAAUUAGGAGCCUGAAAAUUGUUAGAAACUUUAUUCUUAUAAUUUGAUUCUUGUUUUAUAGUCGGUCCACUUGAAGUCACAUUGUUGGCUACUGCAUCAACCUGCCCCCAGCUCCUUUUCAAUCCUUUCCCCUCAGACCUUUCCCCUAAUUACGUCAUGGCGCAAUGCAUUCUGGUACUUGUAGUUAAACCCGCGAAUAUUUGUUUAUGUUUUGUACGGCGAUCAUACGAAGUUCUGUUAUUAUCCAAUGCUCUUUGCUCGAAUAAUCAAACAAAUCAUGGAAAAUACGGCAGAAGAUAUACCGAACAGCACAUUCCAAACGUAAACAAAAGUUGGCGGGUUUACCUACAAGUACCAGAAUGCAUUGGGGCAUGAUGUAAUUAUAGGAAAGGUCCUUACUGGAGAGGGAACAUUUGGUGUUACUAUAAAUCCAGUCUGCUGCCCUGCAGAUAUAUUUAACUGUUAAAGGAUCAAAUCUAUUUUUAGUAAUCCGAGGAACGCCUGCUAACGUAAUAGUGAACAUGAUGUCUUCUUCGUGGGAAGGACAUGCCUGAGCCUGCUUCGAUUAAAGCUAGAUGGGUUUCUUUUAAUUGUAAGUUGGUCAGUUUUCUUCCAAGAGGUUAACUAUUUUGAUCAAACACUAGGCCUUAAAAACAAUUCAUUUGAAAUAAGCUUGUUUGUGAGACAGGACUAUGGUCUACAAAUCCAUAAACCAUUUGACUUGAACUAUGCGAUCAACAAACAAAUUGACUUAAUAAUGUUUUGUUUUUUAUCGGUUUUAUUAGAACAUGAUUUGGGCUCGAAACUAUAUUCCCUGUAAUGGAAAUUUUUUUGGGUAUCCGCAUUUUUAUAUGCAACUGUGUAUGAGAAACGGACCCCUUAGAUGACAAAAUUGA